UUAUCGUCUUUUAACGUUGAGACUAUCGGUGAAGGAUUUACUCUACUCCAGGGUUGGUUGGUUGGAGUGUUGGAAUCCGACUUUUUUCCUCCCAAAAUCCCCACAAACACCAACACACAACUUCAUUGCAUUUUUACACGGGGCGUUGAAGGAGUUUGAUUAUUUGAUGUUUAUCAUUUGAUUGUUGGAAUUUGGGAGAGGCGUUUGGAUUCAGCAAUUAUAUCUUUCUUCCUCUCAACUAUUUGGUUUGAGUCUGAUCUGAGGGUAAGCAAGAAAGAGUCAAACAGGUGAGAACAAGCCAAAGUUUUUGUUUGGCGGGGUGCUCUAAGUUAGUUAGUUACCCAUGCGAAUAUUUGAGUUCAUUCAUUUAUUUCUUCACAGGGAAAUGAUGAAUGAUCAUGCAGCUAGGAAUUCAAGGGAAAUCGAUGAAAUCGAUGAACAGGGGAAGGAUAUCGAUGUUCAUAAACAACAUCCGAAACUUGUCAUUCCCGUGAUUUAUACAUCACCACUACAAUCUCAAAAACUGGAACCUCUAAAUCUACAAACGGAAUCCCGAAAUCUCGGUUCACGACCGGCAUCGAGAACAUUUGGAUCUUUUUUGGCGGUUCAUUCACCGAUUCAUACAAGACCUCUUAGAUCACUUCUUCCAUCUCCUAAUACACAUGGAAAGAGAGAGAAAACUCUUCCAAGGAGUACAAGAGGAAGCUUCUUUAUUUCACAUCCUUCAAGAGAAGAAAUGGGUAAGGAACCUAGAUCUCUAAAAAGUUUCAUGGGAGAUAAAUGGUAUGAUUGUUCAGUACGAUGGAUGUCAUGGAUGUCACCUAUCUCUGCCCUCCUCCCACCACUUAACUUUAUAACAAUUCAUUAUACCUAUUUCAUCAUCACACUUCUCGUCACCUCUCUAAUCUUUUGGGGUUCCUCAAAUCCCUCAAAAUCUAUAUCUUAUGUUGAUUCGUUAUUUUUGGUAACAUCGGCAAUGACCGAAGCAGGGCUUAAUACGGUUAAUUUAAGUACGAUGACGACUUUUCAACAGGUUAUUCUUUGGUUAUUGAUUGUGGUUGGAAGUGCAAUAUUUGUUAGUGUGGCGACUGUUAGAACGAGGAAGAGGGCUUUUGAGAUUAGAUUUGGAGAGGUGGUUGGAAGGCAAAAGGAAGAAAGGAGGAGAGACAGGCUGAGGAGUGGAAGUAGGGAGGCUGUAGAAAGUAGGAGGGGAGAUGUUGGGGGUGCGGAUGGAAGUGGAUUCAUGAAUGAUGCUUGGAAGUUUCCUUCUAUUGGAGGUGGGAAAAAUGGAAAUGGAGAUGAAGAAAUUGUUGGGAUGAAUGAAGGAUUGAAAAUUCGACCAGCUGAAGGAAAAACUGAUGAAAAUUGCAUGACGGCUAUCUCGGAGAUUUCACCUCAUGGCGGUAUACCAAAAAAUACAGGAGAUCAUAUUACCUUUGCGCCCGAUGCAUAUCCAGCAAGUGGAAAAGGGAAAGCAAAGGAAAUUACAGUAGGAAGUUCAAAUGACGGGACUACAACACCAGCUCACUCUACAAAUUUCCUAUUUCCUACCUCAAACCCAGAAACUAACACACUAAAACAUCGAAUCAAUGAAAUAGAUACACCACUUCGUCGCUCACAAACUGGUCAACAAGAUCUUGCUCUUCUUCAAUAUCCAUCUUACUUAAAUUCUAAUACCACCGGCCGCAAUGCUCAAUUCCAUGGUCUAUCACGAGCAGAAAGAGAACAUUUAGGUGGUGUUGAAUAUCAAGCUAUAUCAUUCCUAGCCUGGUUAGUACCAGCUUAUUUUAUUCUUUGGCAAGUACUUGGGGGAAUAGGAUUAGGUGCUUAUAUGGCUUAUAAUAAGAGUGAUGUUGCUCUUGAGAAUGGGAUUAAUCCAUGGUGGCUGGGAGUAUUUAAUGCUAUUAGUGCAUUUAAUAAUUCGGGGAUGAGUUUAUUGGAUUUAAAUAUGGUGAGUUGAUUCUUUUGACGCUCUCUAUUUCUAUCUUUCAGAAAUCCUUAGAGCCAAGGAAUACUAACAACAAUAGAUACCCUUUCAAACUUCAGUCUAUACCCUCUUAACAAUGGGUCUAUUAAUCCUCGCCGGAAAUACAGCUUACCCACUCUUCUUACGCCUAAUUCUUUAUACACUCCUCAAACUCCUUGAUAUCUUCCCUAACUUCCUCUCGCCAUUUCAACACCAUAAACCGACUCUUCUUUUUAUCCUCCGCUAUCCACGCCGUGUCUAUACCAAUCUCUUUCCUUCACGCGCAACAUGGUGGCUACUCUUCAUGGUCAUAACACUUAACUCUAUCGAUUGGAUCGCCUUCGAACUCCUCAACAUUGGCAAUUCCGCAACUCAAGUCAUUGAACCUAGAUAUAGAGUUUUAGAUGGACUUUUUCAAGCAAUUGCGGUUCGAAGUGGUGGAUUUUAUAUUAUUAGUAUACCAACUUUACGUAUUGGACUACAGUUUCUAUACGUCGUCAUGAUGUAUAUCAGUGUAUACCCAGUCGUUAUAACAAUGCGCCAUUCCAAUGUCUACGAAGAACGCAGUUUAGGUAUUUAUGCCAAUGAUAUCGAUCCAUCUCAUACCUCAAGAAUAGGAAGAAGAAUGAAGAAAUUAAAACGAUCAUUUUCCGGUCGAGAACUUACUACUUCUUCAUCCGAAGUAACUAGUCCCUCACAAAAAGAUAAAGACGAAACAACAGGAACUCAGUUUAUUCACCAUCAACUCCGUUCUCAACUCUCCCAUGAUUUAUGGUGGUUAACCCUCGCUACUUUACUUAUCGUCUGUAUAGAAGCUUCUUCCUUCCAAAAAGAUCCUAUUACUUAUAGUGUGUUUAAUGUUAUCUUCGAGGUGGUGAGCGCGUAUGGUUGUGUGGGAAUUAGUAUCGGGUUGCCGGAUCAGGAUUAUAGUUUUAGUGGAGGAUUGAGGAGUGCGAGUAAGGUUGUUUUGGUGGCGGUUAUGGUGAGAGGACGCCAUAGGGGUUUGCCGAUGGCGUUGGAUAGGGCGGUUAGGUUGCCUGGGUGGGAGGGGGAGGGUUUGGGAGGUGAAGGUGGGGAGCGCGGGGAGGGAUGAUGGUGGGGAGGAGAUUUUGGUGAAGGGAAUGGGGAAGGGGGGAAGGGAAGAGAGGAGAUAGAGAGGAAGAGGAUUGAGAGAUCUAGUCGUGGAGUUGCUGAUCUGGAGGAGGUUUAGAUUUAUAGUACUCGAGUAGUGCGCGUGCUAGUACUUAAAACCCUGGAUUCUCAUCAUGGUAUGGUAUUGUAUGGAUAAAGUAUGAAUAAUGAGACGAGAUGAGAUAGGUAUCACGGAAGUUAAACGAGAAAGAAUAUCCUCUUUUGCUUUUGUAAGUUCUUAUUUCGAUAUGGGAUUUCCAGUGAUAGGCACUGAUUGGAGCCAUGGCGUUUAAGGGGUGUGUAUAGGUGUUAGGGAUAAAGUGUUAGGGAUAAGAUUUGAGGGACAGUAUAAUAGACUGACAGAAUGAAAGCUGGAUACAAGUAAGGAAGAAAUUUCUGAUAUAUCAAGAGAGUUUAAUAAAAAAUCUAGAGGAGUGAAAUAUGAGAUGAGAAUUUUACAACGGAUGAUGUUGAUGAUUGUUGGUUUUGAUGAUAGCAAGACCAAUCUUACCAAUGACGGAAGAAUGUUAUAUACCUAGA